UCCAGGAGGAACUUCAGCUGGAAAAAUAAAGCAUAGAUACUUCCUGAGAGGAGGACAGACCUUUCUGGGAGCAGGAGAGGAGAGGAAAGGAGAGUAGACCAGUCCCAGCCCCAACUCUUCAGGUAACUCAUUGGACACCGCCAUGUCUGUCUUAUACCCAUCGCUAGAAGACCUGAAGGUAGACAAAUUCUAUCAGGCUCAGGCUUCUGUGAUUCCCAAGAUGCUGGCCCUCCCAGCCCAGAAAACCUCAUCUUCACAACCCAUUCUGUACCCAAAUUUGGCUGAAUUAGAAAGUUACAUGGGUCUCUCUCUCUCAAGUCAAGAAGUUCAAGAGAACCUGUCCCUGACUCCAGGAAGCGACAAUCAAGUGGCCACUCCCACUGCACAAGGUCGGAUGGUAGCCCCAGUGACUGGAAAUAACUUGGGCAUCCGAAGAGCUGAGAUCAAGCCAGGCGUACGAGAGAUCCACCUGUGCAAGGAUGAGAAGGGGAAGACUGGGCUGCGUCUGCAAGCCAUUGACAAGGGCCUGUUUGUCCAAUUGGUUCAGGCCAAUACUCCAGCCUCCCUCGUAGGCCUUCGCUUCGGGGACCAGAUCUUGCAAAUUAAUGGGAAAGACUGUGUGGGGUGGAGUGCGGUCAAGGCCCACAAAGUGGUGAAGAAAGCCUCAGCUGAGAAGAUUGUCAUGAUCGUGAGGGACAGGCCUUUCCAGCGGACUGUCACCCUGCACAAAGACAGCAACGGCUUUGUGGGCUUUAUGUUGAAGAAGGGGAAAAUUAUUUCUAUUGUCCAAGGCAGUUCUGCAGCUCAAAAUGGGCUCCUCACCAAUCACUGUAUCUGUGAAGUGAAUGGGCAGAAUGUCAUUGGACUGAAGAACAAGGAGAUUAUGGAUAUCCUGGCCACAGCUGGAAAUGUAAUCACUCUCACCAUCAUCCCCACAGUGAUUUAUGAGCACAUGAUUAAAAAGCUUUCUUCGACCCUGCUGCAUAAUUCCAUGGAUCGUUCUAUUCCUGAUAUCUGAAGCCAAGGACCUGGACAGCCUGCAGCUCCAGGCCCUCCUUCCUGUCCUUCCACAGGGGGACCCUCUAACAUUUCAAAGGAUGGGAUGGGAGCACAGUUCACAUGCCUCUAGGGGCCCUCUCAAUCCUUUCAGGGGACCAUUUCUGUCACUUCAGGGGAGGGCGUGGGAAUGAGCAGCAUUCCAUGUUAUGAUUUCUUUUUCUUCUAGCUGGCUGAGAGGAGCUCUUUAAUCCUGCUGCAGACAGGAUCCUGGAAGGACCUAUGCAUGCCAAGGGGUUAGGGAAGAAAACAGAACCUGGAACAAGCCCAUAGUAAAGUCUUCAUGUCUAUAUGCCUGGAAGAAUGAAUUCUGGCAAAUACUAACACUCAUAUAGUUUCCUGGGGCUUCAGGCAUCAAGCAGAGAAGAAAUGGGUAUGGACAUAACCCAUUUCACAUUUCUUCGCAAAAAGCUUGGUGAAGUAGCAUUACAGGAGGGCUUAAGAUCAAAGCAGAGGGAGAGCUAAAAGGGGUCUCAGAGGCCCUCUACUCCAAGCCCUCAUUAUUUAGCACCAAAUUUAUAAAUACUGUGAUACAAUCAAGCAAAUUAGAGCUUAAGGAAGUUAAUGCCACAGGGCACUCAAUUCUGCUGCCCAACCCCCACCCCCCUUCACUCAUCAUUUCAGGAUUUUGUGGCAGUUGAUUUUAAUAUAUUCAAAGAGGUUGAUGCAGGGGGUAGGCCUCAAUGCUGGGCAGAGGACCUAGGGAUAAAUAGUUGGUUGUCAUUAUUGAAAUAGCUCCUAGGUCAGUUUGAAGAGUUGACCCUCAAAAGGGAAUGAAUCGGACAGAGCUCAGGUUUCUCUCUUAGCUCUUUGCCAUCUUUGCAAAAGAACUUAAAAAAAAUUUUAAAUAAAGUGAGCUCCAUGAUGAACAAUCAAUCAAUCAAUCAAUAAGCGUUUAUUAAGCACCUACUACCUGCUAGGUUUAUUGAUCGAUUGAAAAUGAUUUGGAAAUCAAGUGCACCCCAUUAUGAUGAGCAAGGAGAAUACUAAGCAGAUUCCAACAUGGUUGAUAAAAACAACACUAAAAAAAAGCAGUCAAAUUUAUAACUUCCAUGAUGAAUCUUGCUCCCAGAGAACAGAUGAUGAAACAGCUGUUCUGAGGGGCUCCUGGUGGGUGAGGGUUUUCCAAUAUCAGCCUAGAUCCACUAUCCUGCUCUUUCUCAUACUCCAUUCCCUUAGCUUUCCAUCUCCAGCUCUGGGAACAAUACCAGAAAGGACAAGUCAGUCUUUCUCUAUGGCUCCAUUCUUCAUCCCUAUAACUUCCCAGACCAAGAGCCCUCCCUAGCCACAACUUCCCCAAAUAUGUCUUCUUUCCCCAUUAGAAUAUAAGGGACUGCCAUGCUUUUUUAAUUUGAGCCCUCAUUUCUUGGCAUAAUAUCUGGUGCAUAGUAAGUGUUGAAUAAAUGAUUAUUCAUGCAUUAA